AGUGGACCAGCCCGAAAAGCCUUUGGAAGGAUGCUAUCUCUACCUGAAAUCACGUCUUUUUGUUCUCUGCCAAGUGAGGUGGAUACUUCUUGUUUGGGGAUGCCAGUUAGAAUUCAUGUGGACAGCCCUGCUAAUAUGGAAAGGUCCAGUUCUGAUCAACAGACGCUUGCUGAUCUUCCUAUAUGUGCAGAAAAUGACAGUGAGUUAGAAGCUUCAGCAGAAAAUGCAACUCAAGAAAUUUUGGUGGAAGUGAAUAGAAGUAUUCUAAUUGGGGGGGAUGAGGUGGGACUAAUACUGAAUGCAGAUGAUGAUGGUAAACUGGAUAAAACGAGUGAUAAUUUGGACAAUCAGCCAAUGCUGGAGAAUAGUUCUACUUCUCACCAUCAGCAGGAGGUUGAGCUUGCAACAGAUGCUUGUGUUAAACAGACACAACCAAGUCCAAACUCGGUUUUAGACUCCCACCCUUCAGAGUUUUUCAUCACAGAAGAAGCAGACUCUGAGUUAAAACUGAAGCUCAUAGAUUUCAAUGAGCUGGACUCUUUGGUCAACAUGCCAUGUGGGAAAGGAGGCAUGACAGAGAUUGAGAAUGUGACAAUUCUGAGCAAGCAUUUUGACAGUAGUGACCUUCCACAUGUCCAGGUGGAUAAAAAGGAUGAAUCUGAUUUUAAUUUUGUGAGGGAUGUUCUCAAGCUAUCUGGUUUCAGUGGGGAUGAGAAGCUCAGGACAUGGCAUUUACCAGACCAGCCAAUUGACCCCUCAUUGUUUGAAGAAGUAGAUUGUUGCAGACAGGACACUGGUAGCAAUUGUGAUCACCAGCUUUUGUUUGACGUAGUUAAUGAGGUCUUAGUAGAUAUCUAUGAGAGAUCGUUCAUGUACUGGCCCCGGCCUUUGUCCACCAAUUUGAACAUCCGCCCACUGCCCAUCGGCUUCCAUGUUCUUGAGGAGGUAUGGGCCAGUAUUAGCUGGUUCCUGAGCUAUCAGCGAGAGUUGGAUGACAUCGCAUCUCAUGAUCUUGCUAAGGCUGAUGGGUGGACGAACCUCCAGUUUGAAAGUGAGUGUGCUGGACUUGAGCUUGAGGAAUGGAUAUGGGAUGAACUCCUGGAGGAAGUUAUUCUUGAGCUUGAGGUGGCCUGAUUAGAUACCCUUUCGAAGGGUGCUUUCUUUGUCAUUCUUUUCAGUUAUACAUAAAAUUUUGCCUCCUUAUUUACUGUGUAAGUAAUAGGGUUUCUUCAUUUAAAACAUUGUAUAGAUAGAGAUGAAUAUAGGAAAAGGAAAAUUCUUGUGAAAAUUAGAUACAUUGUACAGUUAAUGAAGUGUUUUACUUUGUUGAAUUAUUUGCUUCAA